AUGCUGAUCAUUCGUCCAUAUUUUCUUACCAUUCUUCUUUUCAUAAUCCAAUUCACGUUUUGUUUUCUCUUUGGUUUUCAUGCUCGAUAUAUUUAUGCACCAGUUUCUUCUUCUGCUGGCAAUCUAACAUUGUCUCAAGUGAGUAUCAUUGAACCACCACGUGGUAUUGUCGAAUAUUACUAUGCAAUGUUUACUGAUAUUCAUGUAAUGAUGUUUGUUGGUUUUGGCUUUCUAAUGACUUUCUUAUAUCGUUAUUCUUAUUCGGCAAUAGCAUUCAAUUUUGUUCUCUGUGCAUUUACAUUUGAAUGGGCUUUGCUCAUGCGUGGCUAUUUUUUUGAUUGGCAAAUCGUUGAAAAAAAAUUUGUACUUGAUAUCAAAAGUUUAAUAACAGCUGAUUUUGUUUCUGUAAGUAUAUUGAUUUCGAUGGGUGCAGUACUGGGAAAAGUCAAUGCAUUUCAAUUGAUACUUAUGGCAUUUUGUGAAGUACCAGUACAAGUGAUCAAUGAGUGGAUAGGUUCAAAAUUGUUUUGUGCUAAUGAUAGAGGUGAAUCGAUGUUUGUUCAUGUAUUCGGUGCCUAUUUUGGUCUAGCCGUUACUUUUGUACUUUUUCGUUCGGAUAUGCGUGAUUCUCCUAAUGAAAAAUCUCGUUAUACAUCAGAUAUUUUUACGAUGAUUGGUACCAUUUUUCUCUUCUGUUUUUGGCCAUCAUUCAAUGGUGCUACUGCUGCCGGUCCCGAACGUCUUCGUGCAGUGAUCAAUACUUGUGUGUCGAUUUGUUCUUCUGUUAUUGGUACUUUUAUAGCAUCAUCUCUUAUUCGACAUGGUAAACUCGAUAUGGUUCAUGUUCAAAGGUCUACUCUUGCCGGUGGCGUAGCAGUAGGUACUGUUGCUUCAUCAAAUAUAGGUCUACAUGGUGCCAUGAUCAUUGGUACAUUAGCUGGUUUUAUAUCAACACUUGGUUUUUUUGCUGUAUUACCUAAACUGGAACUUAUUCGUAUACAUGAUACAUGUGGUGUUCAUUACUUACACGGAAUACCAGGUAUUAUGGCUGGUAUUACAGGCAUUAUUGUAGCUUCGAUCCCGGAACGAUCAGGUUUUCAAGAUCAUUUAACUAAUUUAUGUCUAACAGGUGGUCUACAACGUUCCAGUAAUAUUCAAGCAGCCUAUCAAACAGCUGCACUUACACUCACGUUGGCUAUGGCUAUUAUCAGUGGGCUUUUUACUGGAGCACUAUUACGAUUGCCUAUAUUUGCCCAGAUGUCACAGUAUUUUGAUGAUGAAGUCAAUUGGCAUAUGUCCGAAGAAACGCAAAGCUUUAAAUUAUGA